AUGCUGUUCAGCAAGAAGCAGAAGCAGCCCGCACCGGAUCCGAACAGCGUAGAGCUGAGUUCGGAAGAGCUGAGCAAAGCUUUGAGCCUGCCCGUUCAGCGUCAAGAUGGAUCCAGCACCACGCUCGCAGAGCUGACCAGCGGCAGGCUUAGCAUUCUCAUCUUGAUCCGUCAUCAUCACUGUGGUGAGUCGGUCGUGCAAGAAAGAGCAGGCAGGGGCGAAUGCGGGCCCCGCAUUGAAUAGCAUACAUGCGCAUCAGUCUAGCUGCAAGCUGACCUCCUGUCCAUGCCGCAUUAUUUCACAAUUUCGCGAAAAAAAAGGUAUGUGCCAAGGAUACAUUUCCUCCCUGAAUGCCAACCCGACACUCUCCAAGCUUGCAGCUCCCGAUGCUCCUUCCAACGGCCCUCAACUCAUCGUGCUGGGUCACGGCGUGGCGGAAAAGGGCAUCGACAGGUAUCAAGACAUGACGGGCAACAAGUUCUUGAUGGUCAGCGAUCCAAGCGCAAAAGUGUUCGACGCGUUGGGCUGCAUCAAGAGUCUAGACAUUUCUGGUGACAUUGUGAGUUUGAAAGCGGCGCGGCCUUGCACUGACGUCGUGCACGAUGAUUCACCAUCCAUUCAAACUGCUUCCAUCCCGCAACCUUUUUUUUUUGUUUUGCUUUGUUUUGGUCUUGUGUGUUCUUCCCCCUUCCAGCCUUAUGACACACAAAAAAGCAAGAUGAGCGAUGUGCUGCACAGCGUGUGGGGCAUGGCCACUUCCGGCAGUCUGAUGUGGAAAGGAGGCGCAUUCGAUCAGCUUGGCGGUGACUUUAUACUCAGUCCAGGUGAGCGACACAAAUCGCGAGGGCUAGAGUUGCGCCCUCCACAUUCCUCUUUUCUUGGCCCCGCAUGACCGACCCUUUGCCUCCCCCGUCUUGUCAUGCUGCUGCUGCUGCUGCUGCUUGCCGCUCCUCACGAGCAGAAGGAAGAGUGCUCUACUCUCACAGGAUGAAGACGACGGUGGACCAUACGCGCGCAGAGGUGCUACUUCAAAAAGCUGGUUUGUCAGAAUCAAAGCCAGAGACGCAGCCUUCUUCAGACAACUUGCUGCCCACUCCUCAAGCAGAUACUCCCGCCGUGCCAGCCAUCUGA